UCCUCUCUCUAUAGUCUAUACUGGCGCACGGCAGUCUCGCGUUCUGUCUUGGCGGACUAAGUCGCUCUACUUGGAAAAAGGCGGGAAAAUCAGUGCAGUGUACAGUUUGCCAGUUUAAUUUAAAUAAAUAAUGUCACCAAAAAGUUCAAAUAGUUGUGAAGAUGAGUGUGAUACAGAUGCUCUUAAAUCAGAGGCUGAAGAUGAUAAAGGUGGAUUGGAGGCGAAGAUGUCACUGCUGAACGGAAUCACGGUUAUCGUGGGUUCGAUUAUCGGCAGUGGCAUUUUUGUGUCACCCACUGGUGUUUUGAAGUAUACGGGAAGUGUCAAUGCUAGUCUUCUAGUUUGGAUAACAUCAGGAGUUUUCAGUAUGGUUGGUGCCUACUGCUAUGCUGAGUUGGGUACUAUGAUUCGGCAGAGCGGUGCGGAUUAUGCCUACAUCAUGGAGACAUUUGGGCCCUUCGCUGCCUUUAUUCGGUUGUGGAUCGAAUGUAUGAUUGUGAGACCUUGUUCACAGGCGAUCGUGGCGCUGACAUUCAGUGUGUACGUCCUGAAGCCGAUAUUCCCAGAAUGUCAACCACCCGACGAGGCCACUAGAUUACUGGCUGCUUGCUGCAUAUUGCUAUUGACAUUUAUAAACUGUUGGUCUGUACGUGCGGCAACGAGGGUGCAGGACUGGUUCACGUACGCAAAGCUCUUGGCGCUCUUCAUCAUCAUCGCUGCUGGAAUGUACCAACUGUGCACAGGGCACGUAGAGCAUUUCACAUUUGAAGGUACAACUGAUGACGUCACUUCCAUUGCGUUAUCAUUCUAUUCUGGUCUCUUCGCUUAUAACGGAUGGAACUACUUAAAUUUCAUAAUUGAAGAACUUAAGGACCCGGUCCGGAACUUACCUCGUGCCAUCGCUAUUUCCUGUACUCUUGUGACCAUCGUCUAUACACUCACUAAUGUGGCCUUUUACACCACACUAUCUCCUACUGAGGUCCUCGGUUCCGCUGCGGUGGCAGUAACAUUCGCUGAGCGAUUGUUCGGUGCAUUUGCACUAUGCAUACCUUUGUUCGUAGCUGCUUCUACCUUUGGCGCUGUCAACGGAGUAUUACUUACGUCUUCAAGAUUAUUCUACGCGGGCGCAGCGCAAGGCCAGAUGCCUGCGAUGUUAACGAUGGUGUCUUCACGUGCAACACCUGUGCCUGCUGUAUUAGCCGUGGCGCUUUUGUCGCUUCUCUACUUAACUGUAUCAGACAUACAGGCUCUUAUUAACUAUGUUGGAUUUGCUACAUGGUUGAGCAUCGGUGCGGCCGUGCUAUGUCUGCCGGUUCUGCGGUAUACACAGCCAAAUCUUGAACGACCCAUCAAAGUCAACCUUUUCUUCCCUAUCCUCUACAUAAUCUGCACAAUCCUAGUAGUGGCAUUUCCAGCUGUAGCGUCUCCAGCUGAAACGGGCGUCGGCUGUCUCAUGAUACUUACAGCUGUACCGGUUUAUUUACUUCUGUUGGAGCCUAGGACGAGGCUGACUGGACUCGGAUCUCUUACUGAUGCAGCAACGCGUUUAAUACAGAAGUUAACAUUAUCGGUGCGACCAAAAACAAAGUAAUCAACCACAGCCUACAUAUCGGACUGACAGCCACAAUAAGCUAUGUGUUCUUCAUCUACGAUAUAUUAUCUUAUUUUAAUAAAACACGAUAAAUCCCAGUGGUACAGAAAUGGGAUCAAAACCUCAAAUUCAUAGAGCCAUAAGUAGUGUUGAAACGCUUUAUUUGUAUUGGCUAAAAAUAUAUUUACCAAGAGAUGGUAAAAAUUCUCAUGACAAUCUGGAAAUGAACUAUAUAUAGUUCAGGUUACAGAGAUCUGAUUUUUUAUAAACAUGUCAAUGAAUAUCAUAGCUAUAAGUUAAAUUAGAUUUGAAACCAUUUUUUUUAAAUAAAUCUGAUCAAUAAAGCUGGAGUUCAUGAAAAUUAUUAAGGAAAAAGCUUUAAGUAUGCAAUGAUGAUAAUUCUCAUUAAAAAUGUAUACACGGCAAUUUUUAAGAAUAUUUUGUUUACGCUUUUGUAAUAAUUUAUAUAAUAAUAAUAUUCAGAUUUUCUCUUAAUUCAGAAUUUACAGUUCUGAAAUUGUAAUAGAAUUAUGAAGUUCUUCAUAAUCUGUAAUGACCAAUCACAAGUGUGUAGCGAUUUGGAUUCACACAAAUGCGAAUGAUAGUUUCAUCUAUUGUCUAUGGCCGCAUGACUUUGACACAUCGGACAAUUCGUUCGCGCUUAGACAUGUCUCUGAAUCUUAGCCUCAAUGUUGUAUCUUUGUCUAUAUUAUAUAAUAAUCUAAUAAGAUUGGCUUAAAAGACGAUUAUAGUUUAAAUAAUUAAGUUAAUGUGAAAUUCAACUGAAUGUAAAAAAGACACUACGAAAUUUCGAAACAAAACCUAUAAAAUAUGAUUUGUGUUAAAAAAAACUGGAUUUAGCAAAUUCGCGUAAACAUGGUUCGUUCGCGCGCCAAUUAUAAUUAUAUAUUAAAUAAGUCUUGUUUUCUCCAUUUUCUACUUUCUAAUGUUGGACAAUAUUUUUACUAGAAAUUUAUAGCUUUUAUAAAGUAAUCGAGUAGAUAAUACAGAUAUCAUAAAUUUUUUUACUUAGGUCUGUGACUACAUUUUAGUGACAAAUAAGUACCUCCUAAGGUUAUUUAUCAUUUAUAACAAAAUGGCUGUGUUUAAUUUUACAUUCCAAUAAAGUUAUUUGGAAUAUCGUUUUUAUUGCUUUUAUAAUAAAAUUGCAAUAUUUGUUUAUUUUGUAAAUACAUAUAGCUACUCUCAUACAUGACAUUCCAAAGUAAUUAAGGUUUUUAUUUUAUAAAUAUUCGGCUUAUAAAGCGUUGUAGUUGCCAAGAUCGCGGAAUCAUUAUAAGUUUUUUCUAAUAACGGUACCUAUAAUUGAGUAUCUUUAAGUAGGCCAGAGAAAACUAUACAUAAUGUGUUUUACUUUUUACUUAAAACAAAUGACCGUAAUGCGAAAUGUCAUACUCGAUAUCAGUAUCAAGGAAUAUGAAAAAGCAUUUUUUAAAUUUGCAUGAGCAGUAUUGGCCUAAAAAAACGGCGCGUCUCAGGCAUAGAAGGCUGAUCACCUACAUGCCUAUUAAGAAAAGCGCUGCUAGUUAUUUUUAUACUUAUUUCUUUUUGCAAACAUGUAUAACCUGCCCAUAGCUAUCAGCUCCUACGCCACAUGAGAUUAGGCAAUUAAUUAAUACUCUUUAACUGUUAAUAAAUACAUGCUUCAUUUUUAGUUACUCAAUUAUAUACAGUGUAGUUUUAAGAUUUAUAUAACAGCGCAUGAUGUGUAUUUUUGCUCAUGUUAACUAAACCAUACCCAAUGUUGUUUAGAUGUAGACGAUAUAAUAAGCUUUAUAUAACUGUCAUGUGAUGUUGUAUAUCGUUGUUUCUGAUUAGCGCCAAAGGUUGUCUCGCAGACACAAUGUGACAAUAAUAAAGUACCUAUUCACUAUA